AUGGUCAACGCACGCAAAAUUGUCUCUUCUUUGCUCGCAUUUGGUCUUAUUGACCGAUGCUGUGCAAACGACAAUGUCACAACAGUGAGCUACACACCCUUUACAGAGGAGUGGGCUGGUCUGGGAACCAACCUGACCGUGACCUUUGAUAUUGUGAGCGACGACUAUCUCUCCCUUUACACCAAUAACACCCUGGAGAAGCGUACCGGUAUCACGACCGUUGUCGCGGCAGCAACUAUCGUGAAUUCGAUUUCGAGCGUUAUCCUUGCGGCGAACGCAGGUCUUGAGAUCUACGAGGACAUUGCCGCCAUAAUCAAGAGCAAUUCAAAUCAGAACUCAUGCUCCUUGGUGUAUAGCACUGACUCUGACGGCACCUAUGUCGAAGGGUAUGCGUACGAGGCUACGACGAGUGGUGAGAACUGCGACACGACGGCUGAAAAGAAGACUAUCCUUGCGGCGGUCGAGAAGUGCGCCAACAAGCUGAACGCCCAGGGCGCGAUUCGGGGUUGCUGCACCAUGAACCACGGCGGUACAUGGACGGGACAUCUGCGUUUGACUGCUAGUCCUUCACUUUACCCAGCACACACAGUCACAUGUUAA